CUCAAUACGACCGGCGAGAAAACAAGCGUAUCGUUAUUGUAGUAAAUUUACUGAGAAAAUUAUCCUCACCAUGGCUUCGACUGAUUUCUAUUUAAGAUAUUAUGUUGGGCACAAGGGAAAGUUCGGUCACGAAUUUCUUGAAUUUGAGUUCAGACCUGAUGGGAAGCUUAGAUAUGCCAACAACUCCAACUACAAGAAUGACACAAUGAUCAGGAAAGAGGUCUACGUUCACAAGUCUGUGAUGGAUGAGUUAAAGAGAGUGAUUCAGGAUAGUGAGGUGAUGCAGGAAGACGACGCCCUGUGGCCGCAGCCGGACAGAGUCGGUCGACAGGAAUUGGAGAUAGUCAUAGGCGAUGAACACAUCUCGUUUACAACGUCGAAGAUUGGCUCAUUAGUAGACGUCAACCAGAGCAAAGACCCGGAGGGACUGCGAACAUUCUACUACUUGGUGCAAGAUCUCAAGUGUCUCGUCUUCUCUCUCAUCGGCCUUCACUUCAAGAUUAAGCCCAUCUAACCGCCGUGGACGUAACUUUGUAAAUAUCAUCACGUUUGGUCCUCUUUGUGCGAUCUCUCGCCAAACCGUAUGGGAGAGUUCCAUGUUCUAGUUUGUGGCAGAACUCCCUAAGGUGCCCUCGACCAAUCGGCACAUCAUUCGAGGAGGUUCUGGUUUAUAAUUGCCGUAUUCUGUAAUAUGCUGUUCAUUAUAUUACAACUUUUACGGUUUGUCCUUACUAUGAUUCCAACAGAAUUUCAGUGAUAUUCUCAUUUUGGUACUUCUGGCUGCAUUGUAUUGUGCAAGGGCGGGUUAUUUCUGUACAAUCACAUAAAGGUGUUGAAAUAGGCUUGUCUGUUAAUAGCAGAAAAAUAUCUCCCAGAAUUGCAGCUACUACAAUCUGCUAUAUGUUUAAAAUCAUUCAUAUCAAUGACAUCUGUUGAUGUAUUAUGUGAAAAAUACAAGUGGAUAAAAGCAAGUAAACAACAAGCAGUUAUUAAUUACGUGCUGUUUAUAUGUGAAUACUUUUUCAUGUUAGUUUAAAUUACGAUGGCAAUUUAAAUUAAUCCCAGUUGAAAUCCUAUCAAAACAUAGAAUUACUGUGUCGAUAUUCAGCUGGAUAAUGUAGAAAUGUCGAAGUGAAGUAACCAAGUAUAAAUGAACAAUAGUGACUUAUCUAUUGUAUAAAUAACACUGUAUUGAGGUUAUCAUGUGCACAUGUUUGUAUUUUGCCCACAGACGUUUUUUAAAAUGAUGGUAGUGAUGCAUGUAUCACAGUCUUUAUUAUUUUAUCAAGACAGAAGGUUAGACAAUAAAUUUAUACAUUUUACGUGGCAAACAUUG